CCGCACCCUGUGUUGUCAAACCUGUCAAACAAUUCCCUUUAAAAAUAUGUCAAGGUUUCAUUUUAAUCCUUUUAAACAUAGUAUUUAUAUAUUUAAUAAUCGACUGCGAUAAUAAAACAAUAAUUGCGAGUGUUCAGUGAGAAAUAUUAAAAAAAAAAACUCAUUAAAUACAUAUAAGGAAAAAAUUGACAUUUUAAACAUAACCUCAAAAAUUGUGCGUGUUUUCAUUUUUAAUAUUAUUUCUUUGUUAGCUAUUUGAUAGCUGACUCAGACUUCAUUGUUCUCCUCGGAAAAACAUGCCGCAGUUCUUUAAUAAUUCUGUUAAAUAUCAAACGUGAGUGAUUAUUUUUACAAGAAAAAAAUCAAUAUGUUUUUAUUAUGGUGCAUUUUCCUCCUUGGAGUUGAUGUUCUAUUGGGUAUAGAAUAUCUUGGAUGUUAUGAAAGUUCAUCAAAUGAUCCUGAAUUAAAUGUUCCAAGUUCGAAAGAUUUUGGUUCACCUGAAGGUUGCAUUGACGAAUGCCGAUCACAUUACUUCAUGUUCGCGGGUCUAAUGGCUGGUCAUAAAUGUUAUUGUGGCAGUGCUUUCGGAAAAAAAGGAUUAUCGGAAAAUUGCACGAUGCCGUGUUCAAGUACACAAAAUGACACGAAUAUGUGUGGAUCUUUUAAUGCAAUGAGUAUAUAUGCAACUGGUCGAAAAGGUCCAAGUCCACCGAGAAGAAUAGACAUUUAUCACGAUCAACCGCGUUCUUUACGAGUAACUUGGCAACCACCUGAUAAUCCAAAUGGCAAUCUUACAUCCUAUACUUUACGAGCCGAAGUAAUAAAAACUUACGCCACUACUCCACUGCCACCAAUUGAGAUUAAAGUCGAAGGUGGCUUUUCAAAUACAACUGUUUUUCAAGGUCUUCAACCGGGUACCGAAUACAAUAUUUCUAUUGUUGCACACAAUGUAAAUGGAGUUAGCGAUCCUGUUUUUAACACUGAUCGCACUUUAAUUGGUCCACCAAAUAAACCAGAAACACCGCGAAUUCUCGAAAAAUUUGCAAAUACAAUGAUAGUUGAAAUUUCACGUGGUAGUAGUGAAAAUGGUCCAAUAACAUUUUAUCAAAUUGUUGUUGUAUUACCGGGUAUUUUUCCCCCAACAGGCAAUGAUAUCGCCUAUCCAAGUUAUCAUCAAACACACGGUAAAGACGAUGAUCUUGGUUAUUAUGUGACUGCUGAAUUUGAUGAUUUUGAUUUUCCACGAUAUUCAAAAUUCACCGUUGGCAAUGGAAAAACAAUUGGUGGUUAUUAUAAUUCACCAUUUGAAUUAAAUACAACACCACAAAUUGGAUUGGUUAUUGUUUCGAGAAAUCGUGACAGCGUUCAAUAUAGUUAUUCCGAUUUGACAAAAAGUUUUCCAGAUCAUAAAAAACUCACCCCCAUCUCGCCAACGAACGUAACGGCAAUAAUUCUCUGGAUAGCGAUAGUAAUUCUCAGUUCUCUUCUAUUAAUAUCAAUUGUCCUGUAUUUUGUUCUAAAACGAAAACAUCGACGACAAGAUCGUAUGCACAAAUUACCCGAACAGCAGGAAUUAACAUUACAAGGACCAUUAUAUGAAGUUGAUAAUAUGGCAUAUAUUCCUGAGGAUAUGCCAGAACAAACAAAUCAUUAUCAGGAUUUAAAAUUGAAAAUAUGGACAAUUCCGAGGAAUUUUUUAAAUUUUGACAAUGUCCCAUUGCGACGUAGUCGUUUUGGUACAAUUCAUUGGGGACAAGUGCAAAAAGAUGGAAUUACAAUAUCGUCGAGUGUUCAUAAAAUAUCUGAUACCUCAUUAAAAAAAUCAGAAAAACGUCAAAUGCUACGUGAAUUGGAUAUUUGCAUUAAAGGUGGAUCAAUGAAAUUUUUAGCGGGUCUUAUUGGUACAUGUGAAACAUCAGAUACAUUAUUUAUUGCCAUUGAAAUGCCAUCGCAAACAUUAAAAAAUAAAUUAUUGGCAUCAAGAUCGGGUGAAAUAUUUCCAUCAGAGAAAAUUUUGAAAAUUGGCUCAUCAAUUGCCGCUGCAUUGAGACAUUUGGAGAAUAAUAAAAUUAUUCACAAUCAAUUGUGCGCGAGAAGCAUUGGAAUUGCAAGUGAUUGGACGCCAAAAGUCAUGGGCCAUGGAAUUGGAAAAUAUGCAUUGGAAGAUUUUAAAUAUGCACGAUGGACGGCAAUUGAAUGUUUCAGUAAUCAGAAAAAACAUCAAGCUGGUGUUGUAUGGGCUUUUGGUGUACUAUUAUGGGAAAUGUUGAGUAUGGGUGGUACACCGUACUCAAAUCUUCAGCUUGACAGUGAUGUUGAGGAGGCAUUGGAAAGAGGUGUGAGACUUGAACAAUUGAGAGACACACCCGAUCCUGUCUAUGAAGUUAUGCUCUCUUGUUGGAGUAACGAUGAACACGAACGACCCACUUUUGAUGAAUUAAUUCGAUUGGAUACAUUGAGCCUUUGUCCAAUUACAACAGUUACGGAGCCUUAUCUGCCUGAAUUGGAGCUUAAUUAGAAAAGAUAAAACAAUAUUUUCGUCAUUAAUUUUUGCUUAAUGGAGAAAUAAGCAAAAGAAUAUCAAGUAUUUUAUACACGCGCAAAAAAGAAAAUGAGGAGUUACCAAAUGUAUUUAAAAAAAAACACUGCUGACAAAGUUUUUAGAUCUGAUUCGAAGUACUCCGCUUUCAUAUUAUUAGUAUUUAAUUUCACAGGUAAUCAAGAAAACAUAAUUUUUUUUUUUUUUUUUAAUGAAAUUUAUAUCCGUCCAUAUUUAAUAGAAUUUAAGCAAAGUGAGAUUCACUCUGUCGAUAUUGAUCGACAAUAAUUUACUUUUUUUUUAUUUUUGUAAUUUACAAAAACUAAUUUUUUUUGUUUUAUAUAUUAAAAUUUAUUUCUAUUUUUUAUUUUAUGAAUUACAAUUUAUAUUUUAUAAAUUAAAAUUUCUAUCUAUUGUUUUUUUAAAUAGAUUGUUUGGUACUUGAAAAAAAAGAAACUAUUUUAUGGUAAAUAGUUUAAUAUUUUACUCGUCCAUCAGACUUGUGCUAAACAAUUUAUAAAUUUUGAAAAAAUUUUAAAAAAUUAUUUUAUUGUACAUUUUUUUUAAAUGAACCUUUUGUGUUCUUAGAUUUUUUAAUAUUUAGUUUGUACUUUUUAAUUAAGACACAUUUUUUUCGUAACGAAACAGAGUAAUAGAUAUUAAAAUUAAAAUGAUCGAUAUUUAAUGAUUUACAGUUCUUUUAAUUAUACAAAGAAAAGAACAAAAUGUUGCAUGUAUUUCGAAGUAGUGUUUUUUUUUUUUUUAUUUCAAAAAUAAUUAAUUGAGAAAUUUCUACUUUAAGAGAAAGAAAAUAUCAUUCAAAGUGCAUUUAAAAACUAAAAAUAUAAAAAAAAAACUCGACUGUAUUUUUCGAAUAAUCUCAAUAUUCUUUAACUAUAAGAAAGCGUAUUUUUUAUGCCAUAUGCUAUACUAAUAUGAAUAAUUACUAUUAUUCUAAAACUAGAAAAUAUGAACAAAUUUACAAUAAUUGUGAGAAUUUCGCUAUUAUAAAAAAAUAUGAAUGAGAUUAGAAAUAAUUUGCAAUUCGUUUUUUUGUAUCUUAUUGAUUGUGUAUUUACAUUACAGUAUUCGUCCAUUCCAUUUAAACUAAUUUAAAGCUUCAGUACUUAAAAAGCCAUAUACAAACACACAUACAGAUAUACAGGUUCACAUGUUUAUAUAGCGAGUGUAAUACCAAAAAUGAAAUUUUGUAUUCGAUUUUACUGCAUUUUUUAUAUUAAAAAUUGUUUCUUUUUUCAAAUAAAAAUUUCUAUAAAUGAUUUCUCGUAGAAAUAUAGAUAUUAUAA